UUUUUUUUUUUUUCGGCUAUCCAGACAAAUCUGCAGCCUGAAACCUGAAACUGCAGAAGUGGCGUAGCUCACACAGAGUUUGCCACUCUUUGCUGUGCUCUCUCUUAAACUCAAUCAGCUCACUUUUCUAUCUUGGUUGCAGUCAUCCUCCAUCAGGGGGGUUUCCAAUAGAGACACUUCUGCCACAUUUCAUGAUCCUGAAGGAUAAUGAUGCUCCUGAUGGCCCUUCAUCGGACUGCUCUGUGUUUGCUGUUUCGCCUCAGCUGCAGCUGGGCCACACCUCUACCUUUUUACAGUCUGCUAGAGGGAAGUACAGACGAGGAAGAGCUCACUAACUCCACUUCCUUUCUCCCCACCAGCAACAGUUCCUCAGAGUACCAAACCACACCUGCUGGCCCCACACAUGUGGAAACUGAGUUUCUUAAUCAAGUUAGGAGCUUUCUGGAGGAGAACAUGCUCCUUAUCCUUGUUGCAUGCUCUUUCAUCCUCCUCUUCCUUUUCAUCAUCUGUGGAGCAAUUUUCAUGAGCCGCAGGCGCAAAGUCAAUGCCUACUACCCUUCCUCCUUCCCCUCAAAAAUGUAUGUGGACCACAAGGACAAAACUGGAGGUGCUAAACUCUUUAAUGAAGUACCAGAGAAAGCUGUUCUUAAGCAGGAAGGUGAGCCAGUGGACUCCCACAAGCAGCUCCAGGCAGACAUCAUGAGGGCUGCAAAGGGCCUGCGCACACAAAAUAAAUCGACUGCAGCUGCAGAGGGAAGUGACCUCAGCCAGAAGAACGCAGACCACAGUCCUGAGAACGGCUCCAAACUAGAAGACAGCAUCCUGGACCAACAGCUAGCCAGUCUUCCUGAGGAAAAGCAUCCAUAUGAACUUCCAGAGAGUGAAGAAGAAGCAUUAGCAGUGGGAAGCACAGAGCUGAACCUUCCUGGGCAGCCAGGAGAUGAUUCACAGGAGCCUCUGAUGGGUAGGAGUCUGCGACCCCCCUCUAUGCACAUUCACAAUGACUCAGCUACACUCCAGCUCAUCGCAGGAGAGAAAACAGCCUUCUAAGUAUGAUGAACACUUUUACCUGGGAAUACAUUUUUGACACUAAGAAUCCAUGAAUGGAAAUUGUCAAAAAAAGACUUUGAAGUAAUCCAUAAAAGUUGCUUAAUUCAAUUCAUAAAGAUGCUUUUUUUCGCAUUAUAUCAUGUUUGUAUUCACUUACGGAGGAUGGAAUUCAGCGGCAUGUUAGCAAUGCUCAGACUGGAUAUACUGUAUAUUAUUAUUAAUUGUUUGUCAUACACAUGUGCAAUGGGGUGAUGCCAGUCACAUCAGAUAUAAAACAUGGUUGUGUUUAUAGCA